AUGUGCUUCGAUAUCCUUGGCGCGGUUGAGAAUUUAUACAAGACUGUUGUGGCGUUUGCCUGUUGUCUAAUCAUUGGCGGUCCCGCUCUUAUCAUUGCGGGCGGCAUACUCCUCAACAAAGGAGACGGGAAGAAAGCGUUCACCGAGGCCGUGAAGGAGUUUGACCCCACGUUUAUCAAUACGUGGGCCGGGAAUAUUAACGAUGCCCCGAUUACUGUGAGACGCGAGUCGCUAAACGUCGAAGGUGUGACGGGGGCCACCUCCGUCUUUGCGGAAGCCACCAUUCCUGUUGGAAAUUCGCGUUCAUCAGGAAUGCUUUCUAUUUCUGUGAAUGUUUUCAAUGUGACCCCUUUCAAUCGAGGCGCCAUUUUCCAGAUUACCAGGAAAUUAAAUUUUGACUGUUCUUCAACUUCAUGUGGUGCCGGAAAAUCUUGCCACUGUGACACUGAAGCUCGCAAUUUUCAGGAUAAAUGCAGCGCUAUGAAUGGCCGUUUGGAUGCUUACCCCAAAUGGUGUCGAUCGGGCCAUAAAUGUGGCCAGUGCACUGUGACUCUUUAUCUCAGUCGAGUAUACCUUGUGGUUCAGGAGGUCAGCAAAGGAAAAUACGCUGAGGAUACUACCCUCCAAAGUGCCAAGUACCCUUUUCAUGCGACCGACAACGACUAUAAGCCGAAUGUGCCAAGUACCGUUGCGGUGCGCCUGUACAGCAACAAGGACCCCUACAUCGCUUUGCAGCGUGAGACGCAGGGAACUGGCGAAUUCGGCCCAAAUCCGCGUACGGUUGGUAUUGUUCUGAUUGUUCUUGGAGUCUUAUUUUUGUUGCUGGAAGUUUGUGUUGCCACUGCGAUAAUCUGCUACUGUAUGCGGCGAAAUAAGACGACAUCAGACGCGCCGCCCAAUUUUUCAGCCGAUAAUUAUCAAACUUCAGGGGUGGGUGGGGUUGACCACAAUAUGCCUUCUCAGUCACCGCCACCGCCACAGGGUUACACGUAUGGCCAGCCGCCACCGCCACAGGGUUACACGUAUGGCCAGCCGCCACCGCCACAGGGUUACACGUAUGGCCAGCCACCGCCGCCACAGGGUUACACGUAUGGCCAGCCGCCACCGCCACAGGGUUAUACGUAUGGCCAGCCGCCACCGCCACAAGGUUACACGUAUGGCCAGCCGCCACCGCCACAAGGUUACACGUAUGGCCAGCCGCCACCGCCACAGGGUUAUAAGUACAACUAA